AUGUCGGACAGAGUCAACAAAUCCCGUCACAAGAAGACGGAACAAACCACUUCCCUUUGGCUUAUCGCCCUUUCUCGUUGCAUCGAGAUGCCAACUUGUUCUUUCUGCGAAGGUCGCAAGACCCGCUGUCUUUCUUCCGAGAAGGAUUCGUCGCGUUGCACCGAGUGCAUUCGUUUUAAGCGAGGAAACUGCGACAUGCAUGGCCUCUCGCCGUUGCAGGUGGAAAAGAUCGUAGCUCAGCAUUCCGCUGCUGAGGCUGCCUUAGAUGAUGCGGAGGAGGAACUGGAGCGUGCUACAGCCAAGGUGCGUCGAUUAAGGAAACAGCGCAAACUGUGGGCUGAGAAGAUAGCGCGCGCUGUUCAUCGGGAUCUGGAUACGAUUGAGGAGCUUGAUCGUGUGGAGGCGGAGGAAUUGGCGAAAGAGCAGCAGGCUCGUGCU